AUGAAAUUGUUACGUUUAUCAAUUGUUGAUAAUUUGGAUAUACGUGAAAUUCUUGAUUGGAAUUAUUAUAUUGAUCAUUUUAAUAGUUGUAUACAAAAAAUAAUAACUAUUCCAGCUGCUUUACAAAAUAUUCGUAAUCCAGUAUCACGUGUUCCACAUCCUGAUUGGUUACAUAAACGUUUAGUUGAAAAAAAAAAACUUUAUAUAAACAAAAAAUAUAUAACUGAUGUAUUUAAUUCAAUUAAUAAACAAACUUAUAUAGAUAAUAAUUAA